AAAUGCUGCUCAAAUCCGGCAGACCAACGCUCUGCACCCGCUGUCUCCAAUCCGCCCAACAAAUUCGCCACGCCUCCCUGAUUCGCCGUCCCAAACGCCCCUACACCUUCACGCAACUCAUCACCCUCUCCGACGGCAGCACCUUCACCCACCGCACGACCUCCCCGCAACCCGUCUACCGAAGUGCAAAGGACACGAAAAAUAGUCUCCUCUGGAAUCCGAGCUCAGCGAAAUUACAAAAUGUGGAGGAGGAUGAAGCGGGGCGACUGAGGAAUUUCAGGAAGAGGUUCGGGAGGGGGUUUGAUGCGGAAGCUGUGGAGGCUGAGGAGGGGGAUGAGAAGGCGGGCGGCAGUUCUGCGGUCAAGGAGGAGAGUUUGAUGGAUAUGAUUACAGCGAUGCCGAAGCAGCAGGAGGCGAAGAAGGGGAAAGUUGCUGCUGCUGCGACGCCAGAGCCGGCGGCGAAGAGUGGGAAGCCUAAAGGCGGGAAGAAGUGAAGGGCAGGAGAGCUAUGAGAAGGAGCCAGCUGUUUUGAUCAAGAGAUACGAAGGCUCACGCCGAUGACGGAGCCUUUGCUGGAGACACCCGCCCGAUGAAAGUGCAGGAUCUGGAAGAAGUGAAUCAUCGAUCGAAUUC